GUCACUUGUACCGUACUGGUCUGCAAGUUGGAUUACCAUUUCGACCAUUUCGAAGGCAAAAAGCUUCCAAAUCAGAGCUGAGGUGAAGGGAGAGUGUGAAGUCAGAGAGAGAGUUUGGAGAAGAUGAGUAGCAGCAGCGCUACACAAACUCCACACUCGCUUGCCUUCCGGGUGAUGAGGCUCUGCAGGCCAUCACUUCACGUCGAAACCCCGCUUCGAUUCAACGCCUGCGAUCUGCUUUUCGGCGAGGACUUGUUCGACGACUCCCUCGCCGCCGAUCACCUCCCCCGUCUCCUCUCCGGCGACUCUGUCAACGCCGGCCCCAACGUCGUUGACCCCUCCGAUCUCUCCUACCGCUCCAGAUUCCUCCUCGAACAGUCCUCCGAAUCCGUCGGCCUACCUGGCCUCCUCGUCCUUCCUCAGUCUUUCGGGGCAAUAUAUCUGGGGGAGACGUUCUGCAGUUAUAUAAGUAUAAACAACAGUUCGAGUUUCGAAGUCAGGGAUAUUGUAAUCAAGGCAGAAAUCCAAACAGAAAGGCAGAGGAUACUUCUUUUAGAUACAUCAAAAGCCCCUGUUGAAUCAAUACGAGUGGGAGGGCGAUAUGAUUUUAUUGUAGAACAUGAUGUGAAAGAACUUGGUGCACAUACAUUGGUAUGCACUGCGCUCUACAAUGACAAUGAUGGUGAACGUAAAUAUCUACCACAGUUUUUCAAAUUCAUAGUUGCAAAUCCCCUAUCUGUUAGAACAAAGGUUCGCAUUGUUAAGGAAACUACGUUUUUAGAGGCUUGUAUAGAGAACAAUACAAAAUCUAAUCUCUAUAUGGACCAAGUUGACUUUGAGCCAGCACAAAAUUGGAGUGCUACAGUACUAAAACCUGAUGAUCAUCAUUUGAAGGACAGUCCAUUAGUAAGAGAGUUAUUUAAGCCUCCAGUUAUCAUAAGAUCCGGGGGAGGUGUUCAUAAUUUUCUCUACCAAUUGAGUGUAUCAUCAGAAGGAUCUACACUGCUGAAAGUUGAGGGUAGUAAUGUCCUAGGCAAACUUCAGAUAACAUGGCGGACAAAUUUGGGUGAACCGGGGCGUCUUCAGACGCAACAAAUUCUUGGUAGUCCCAUUGUUCACAAUGACAUAGAGUUGGGGGCAGUGGAGGUACCGCCUAUAAUCAUCAUUGAGAAGCCUUUUUUGGUACGCUUCAAGCUCACAAACCAGACUGACAGGAUAUUGGGUCCUUUUGAAGUUUGGUUGUCACAAAGCGAAUCACUAGAUGAGAAAUAUGUGAUGGUUAAUGGUCCUCAAACAAUGCCUUUGCCACAGCUUGAAGCAUUUGGCUCUUCAGAAUUUCGUCUGAACUUGGUUGCUGUAAAACAAGGCAUACAGAAAAUUGCAGGCAUUACAAUAUUUGACAUGCAUGAGAAGAAAACUUAUGAUUCUUUAUUAGAAUUGGAGAUAUUUGUCGAUCCAGAGUAGUACUAAGCAAUUUUUGGCUGCGAUGUCCUACAGAAUCUUAUUUCCUGCUUUGUUUGAAGAAGCCUUUUCAUAGUCCAAGAAUACACGACCAGAUAAGCCCAAUUCACUCCCCAUGAAUAGGUUGGGAAAAUAUAAGCAGGAGAUUUUCAUAUCAAGAUGCUGAGUUCAAUCUUCUGGGAUUGAGUUGCAACUGUAUACUACAGUAUUUAGAUGUUUGGAUAAGUAAUCAAUAUAUUCUUAAUCUUCAGUUUUGGCAUACCUUUCAUUAGUCAAAUUGGAUUGGUUGAUGUCUUUAAUUAGAGGGAUAAAAGUGUUCCUUGCAUAGUUGCAUAUAUUCUCACUUUGAUUUGACCAAGUAAUAGUGUACAAGCAUUUUGGGAGCGUAUAAGCUAAUUGAGGCACAUUUCACAAUUUAUCUCUUCCACUAAUUUUCAAAGUAUGAGUUGUGAGGAGUUCAA